GCAAAGCUCCUGAAAAGCAAUGAGUUUGCUUUCUAUCUGAACACUGACAGCAAUCGCCCCAGCGCGCUUCUGUGGGGUGGCGUGGACAAGGAUCUGUUUGAUGGGCCAAUCGUGAUGUUUCCUGUGGUGAAGCCUCACUACUGGUCUCUGGAGCUUGUCGACUUCCGGAUCAAGGGCAAGUCUCUGAAGGCUCACGUGUCCGAAGACAGCAAGGCCAAAUAUGUGCUGGUGGACAGCGGAACCACCUACUUUACAGCGCCCUCAGAGAUGUACUUCAGCAUCAUGAAGCAUUUCCCAGAAGCACCCUGCAGCGACGUGGAGGAGUAUCCGCCCAUCCAGUACGUGUUGCGCAGCGCCCACAACCAGACCUUCACUCUGGAGGUGAGCCAGGAGACGUACAUG